AUGGGUUUGAGGGGUGUUCAGUUGGGUCUUCGGGCCUGGGAGUUCCUCUGGACUUUGCUCAUCAUGGCUUUGGUCGGUAACAUGAUCGCCGAAGCUUUCGCCGGCAACCCCAGCUCCGUCAACUAUACCAUGUUCCUGUCGGCAUUUUCAAUGCUAUCACUGCUAUACUUGAUACCGGCCUCGUAUAACGCCGACUGGGCGCUGCACCCCAUAAUCAUGAUCGUCGUGGAUGUGCUCAACUGCAUCUUCUUCUUCUGCGCUGCCAUCGCGCUGGCUGCGAAGCUGGAGUGCCACUCUUGCAGCAACUUGGACUACGUACUUAACAACGAAAUCACCAAUGGCUCCGACAACCCGACCAAGCGCUGUCGCGAGGCUCAGGCUACUGUCGCUUUCUUGUGGUUCGGCUGGGCUGGCUAUAUGGCCUCCGUCUUUGUCUCGCUCUUCCUGGCUCGCUCUGCCACCGUCAACCUCCGCGGCCGCUCCGCUAGCCGUCGUCGGCCCCCCAUGACCCAGGUCUAA